AUGGCGUCCUCCACGCCCCGGCGACGAGAAAAUGAAUCAAUUACCGAGGAGCAGAUGGAGCAUGUCCGACAAGAUGGAAAUGACUCGUGCCCGCUCCUGGGCGAGGAAGAAUCACCAGCUACUACUGAUGUCCGGUGCCAUCAAAUUCGGGACGUGCGGCGGAUCGACAAUGGUGCGCUCGGCUGUACAAAACGAAGCCUAGCACAGCGGAUCCGGAGCCGCAAGAAUCGCUUCGUUCAGCACGUACUCGUUGCGUGUCAUCUUAUUGAUCCAUCCAGAGAUCUGAUGUUCAAGCAAGAGCUCUCAAGCAACAAGGUGGCCAUCGAGAAACUCACAACGAUUCGCAACAGUGUCUUUGCGUACUCGGAGAGCAUCGUCAGCUUGUCAACCGCUAUUUGUUGCUUCACCGGCAACUCAGCACGUCUCCAAGAUGGCUCACAAGACGCACUAGCCAACGUAGUGGUGGAAGGAAGCAACAUCCUCGAAUGCUCGCUCGUCUUCAGUGAUCAAGUCGAGAAGUCCGUUCUUGCAAAGAUCGACCAUCGAAUCGCCGAGCUCGAGCGCGUCCGCUCGCUCAUCACGGAACGUGCAAAGCUGGUCGUUGACGUUGAAUACGCUGAGCGGGUGUUGGCUCUGGAGCAGCAGAGAGGACACGUCAACCGGAUUGCAGAGCGCAAACAUGCGCUCCAAGUGGCUCGACUUGAGUGCGAGAAAGCGACACGAAUCAUCCUGGAGCAGCUCAAAUUCGUGCACCCGAAUCAAGAUACUGACGUGUUUGGGCUCUUGCAAGAGUCCGUACAGCUAGUCGCGCAGUUUUUCCGACGUGGUGUCGACUUGGUCAAUAGCGCAGUUCCCUGUCAUUGA